AUGUCGAACUAUGCCACCCGCAGGCGCGCGCUGUUGUGGGAGGACAGGGCAUCGGAGAAUGCCCUAUCGGAUCAGCUUGCCACCCUGCAGGAGGACAUCGCCAACCGCCCGCUCCUGCCCAUCGUGAGGCAGCGCGGCGAGCUUGCCACGGCGGCCGCGGCUGCGGUGGCACCGCUCGAUGCUGCUCGCGGAACCUGCGCCAGCGCGGACACCGAGGUGGAUGCGACGCUGGACAACUACAAGGCCGCGCUGUCACGGCUGCUAGUGGAGGCCGACGAGCUGAGGAUGGCGACGACGUGGGCGUUGACGACGGAGAUCCUGACGACGGAGCAAAUGGUGGAGAUGUUGGCGGCAGGCAAGCACUUGUACCUCUCCGUCCACGACUGGUGCCGCCGUAGGAAAGGAGCAGCUGGCGCACUGCAACAGCUUAACGGGCCAAGUGCCGGGACGGCCGACAACACCUCCGCCGCCGUCACCCGGAACCCAUGA